CGUGGACGACACGCUUCAAUUAGCAUGUGUCAAGUGUACGGUAAACAUAGACGACCGAUUUUGCUGCACUAUUAUAUAUCAACAUUUAAUUCGAGCCACAUGUUUACAAAUUUUAAAUCAAGCAAUGUAUUAUGUAGCCUGUUCAUAUUAACAAUAAUAAACGCUUAAGGUAAUUGACUGAAAACACAUCAACAAAUACAAUACAGGUUUACUUAUAUGGGAAAAACAACAAAUUAUGUAUUAAAUACAAAAUGUCAUCGCUAAGAUGAGAAAUCACAAACUGAUUCCAUCACAUUGUGAUACCAAGAAAUACCAGCGUCCUGUAGUCAUGUUGAAUAAACACAGUCACAGCUUCGCACUAUACAUUUGUUAUUUUGGAUGUUUCCAGUAUUUUGUUGCUAUAUUUUAAUUACUUCUGUGAAAAGCCUACAAAUGGCAACGAACAGUCGCGUUUAUCAGGUCAUAAACCUCUUAUAAACUGUUUUGGCCAUCAGCCCCCAAUUCUAAGUCGCCUUGUGAUGUUUUCACCAAUUAAAGCGGAAUUCUAGAGCGGAAGUCGGUAACACAUCUACACGGAAUUCAUGAUGACUUUGUAUGUUAUCACCAGGAUCUAAUCUAAUUCGCUAGUGAUUCAUUGGAAAAAGGGGAAAAUUACUCAUGGCCAUUAUUGAAAUUGAUUACAAGUGGUUAUUGCAACUGGGCAUACCGAUGAGCGAUGUGGAUAUAUAGCUAAUAAUGGUAUAAUAUUAUCAAGGAUAUUCGUAGUGGACAUGUUAACCUCAACGAAAUUCACGUUAUAAUUUAAUUCAGAAUUAUAAGGUUCUAGAACAAUUUCAACUAAUACUACAUUUGUGUCAUUUUUCUUUUUGUGAAGUCCAAAUUAAAUGGUGUUUAUAUAGUUUUUACGAAGUGGGUUAUGAAAUGGCAUGAACAUCGCUUAAAGUUAUUUUGGAUCAUGGAGCUAAACGAAACUUUAGUUGACGCAAAUUACAAUUCCACUUUAUUGUACGAACUUAAUCAUGCCCGUAUGAUUUUUAAUAUACCGGUCAUUGUGUUUUUGUUUAUCAAUAUGUUUGUUGGCGCCAUGGGUAAUAUACUGGUAAUAACAGUUUACAUAUUUUUCUCAGAACGGACCGUAGCUACUUAUUAUAUCUCAAUCGUAGCUUUUAUAGACAUGGUGUCUUGCUGUUUUUGUCUUCCGUUCCAGAUUUACGAUUUGUGGAACCCGUAUAUCAACUCCUUGUCGACAUUAUGCCGAAUAGACCGUUGGCUCGAAAAUUUUACUAAUGCUUUAAAUGGAUUUAUUUUAAUAUGUGUGGCGUCUGAACGCUAUAGCAAGAUAUGUUAUCCGUUAGAACCUUACACACGGAGUAAAGCGAAAUCUCUGACUAUCAUAGUUGUCGUCAUGGCACUGUCCUUGUCGUGGCCACAACUGAUCAUAACAGGGAAACAGACUCUUGUAGUUGGAAAGGAUAAAAUUAUAGGAGAAGAUUGUUCCUAUAAUGAUUAUUUUCAAAACUCUAUUUAUGUAGUAUUAUUCCAAGGACUGCUGUUCACAGUUUGGGUAUUUUCAUUCGUGUCCGCGUUUUUCUUUUAUUUCAACAUACUAAUCGUCAUCGUAAGGCGAAAGCGUGAAAUGAAGAGUGCUAAAAAAAACCAAACAAAUGACGAUGCCAACCAAUCUCAAAUGUCCGCCGUAAAAUCUUCGCCUUUUAGAAAGUACGGAAGUGUAAAUGGUAGAAUCAAAAUGAGGUCAAGUAAAACUACUGUGUGCUUGGUGUCCAUUACGCUGGCUGCCAUUUUAUCUUAUGUGCCCUUUUUAACUGUUCAAACUGUACGAACUUCCGGAAAGUACUUUCAGACUACAGUAACACCCUCUGGUGAAUAUUAUCAUUAUGGGAACUCUGCAGCUGUUGAUCUGUUAUGCACGUUUUGUGUUAAAUCGUACCUUUUAAACACUGCUUUCAAUCCCAUCAUAUACAGUGUAAUGAACCCGAAGUUCAGAGCCAAAGUGCGGUAUGCUUUCAGACAAAUCAUGAAUAAAUUUAAAGGAUGUUUAUGCAAAAAGAACACAUAAUUUUUCAUUAAAUUACACACAUCAUA